AUGCAAGAAUACACAUUGGAGGAGGUUGGCGCUCACAAGAGCAAGACCGACUUGUGGGUUACUAUUCACGGAAAGGUCUACGAUGUCUCAGAAUAUGUCAAAGAUCACCCGGGUGGUGCCGACGUCCUAGUUGAUGUUGCUGGGCAAGACGCAACGGCCGCGUACGAGGAUGUGGGACACUCGGAGGACGCAAACGAGAUUCUGGAGACUUUCCUGAUCGGAACUUUGAAAGACGCCGUCGAAUACAAGGCUCGUCAAACCGUGAGAGUUGUCCAAGAUUCCCCAGCACAGCCGCCUCCAAAAGCCAGUUCAGGCGCUGUCCGCACCCUGGGUCUCACCGCGAGCUCGCUACUUUCGCUUUACCUUGCCUCCAACUCCAUCAGGAAAUACCUGAAUCCCAAUGACUUCACCAAAAUGCUUCCCGGGCUCGACAAGCUGUCGUCUCUCAAGCUCUCUGGCGUCUUCCUCCCCCAGGGUGGUUUCGCCAACGGAGUUGCCGUCACUGCCUGUGCCUGUGCCAUACUGGGUAGUAUCAUAGCGUCCCGCCUCUCGAAGCUCACGCAAAUUGAGUCGGGCUUCACGAAAUAUCCUCCUCACAUCAAGAGGAACCCGAUCUACAAGCAAGACCCGCACUUGAUCCCCGGCUUUCUCCAGCCCAAGGAGUAUAGGCCCUUGCCCUUAGUCGCAAAAGAGGCCCUAUCUCCUAAUGUCUACCGCUUUGUGUUCCAGCUGCCUCGCAAGAGUGAUGUCAUUGGCCUUCCCAUCGGCCAACACGUCGCCAUCAAAGCAACGAUUGAUGGUCAAACAGUGUCCCGAUCCUAUACGCCAACAUCAAAUAAUCUCGACCUGGGUACGCUGGAGCUCGUGAUCAAGUGUUAUCCAGAUGGCCUACUCACCGGAAAGUACCUUGCCAACCUCGAAGUUGGCGACAAGGUUUUGUUCCGGGGCCCCAAAGGCGCAAUGCGCUACAAGAAGGGCCUCUGUAAGAAGAUUGGGAUGAUUGCUGGCGGCACUGGUAUUACCCCGAUGUACCAGUUGAUUCGAGCGAUUUGCGAAAAUGAUAGGGAUACCACGGAAAUCCAUCUGAUCUACGCAAACCGCUCAGAAGAAGACAUUCUUUUGCGGGAGGAGCUCGAAGAAUUUGCUUCCUCAUAUCCCAACACUCUCAAGAUUUGGUACAUGCUGGAUCAUCCACCCCAGGACUGGAAGUACGGCAAGGGAUAUGUCACUAAAGAUGUCAUGCGCCAAAUUCUCCCUGCGCCUUCGCCGGAGUCUCGGAUAAUGCUUUGCGGUCCUCCUGGGAUGGUCAAUGCAUCGAAGAAGGGUUUGGCUGAGCUCGGGUACCAGGCCCCAGGUUCAGUAGCCAAAAUGACGGAUCAGAUUUUCUGUUUCUAG